CUAUCCCCCAUCUCCCCUCCUCCAACCUCUGUCCUCCAUCCUCUAUCCCCCAUCCUCCAUCCUCCAACCUCUGUCCUCCAUCCUCUAUCCCCCAUCCUCCAUCCUCUGAUCCCGAUCCUCUCCUUGUACCCCAUCCUACCCAUCCAUCCCUCUCAUCUGAUCUCAGCUGAUGACCUCUCUAAUGUUUUGCCCGCCUGGCAGCCAUUUUGCCGGAAGCUCCUGGGCCGCCGCUGGCUAAGUAACUCGGAUGCCUGUGAUGGGAUUGUGUCGGGUCUGGCGGAAUAUGCUGUGGCCCUUCGUAGGCUGAACCCGGGGCCCUACCAGGCCACAGUGUCCGAGCUCCACCGCCGGGUCCUCCUGGAGUACGUGAGG